CGGCGGCGCUCCCCAAGAUGGCGGCGCGCGGAGAGGAUGAGGCGAUGGCGCCGGUGUCGGGCGACGAUCCGGAGAGCUGCAGCGGCGGCGGCGAGGACAUCAUCCCCGGCUACAGCGACGCCGACGCUUUCGUGAAGCAUGUUCUCGGGACUGUGGUUUCAGCCACAAAAGCCUCAAGUGGACUCCCAAAGCCCGGAGAUGAGUUUGAUUUUUAUCGCAGCUUCCCUGGGUUCCAGGCAUUCUGUGACACACAAGCAGAUCGACUGCUGCACUGUAUGAGCCAGCUGAUGCAGUACCAUGGCUGUCGGAGUCGCAUCCAAAAUCAUAACAAAUUAACUGAGCUGGAGGAUAGGUUCGACCUGUUGGUGGAUGCCAACGAUGCCAUUCUGGAGAGAGUGGGCAUCUUACUGGAUGAAGCUUCAGGCAUCAACAAGAACAAGCAGCCGGUUCUUCCCGCUGGGCUUCAAGCCCCAAAGACCAUUAUUUCUAGCUGGAACAGGAAGAAUGUGGAAAUGACAAAGCAGAUGAAGUCCGAAACCUUCCGCUUGUUUCACGCCAAAAACAUCCCUCGGCCCCAGAUCAAGUUUAAAGAAAAGAUCGAUAACUCCAACACUCCCUUUGUGCCAAAAAUCUUCCUCAAACCAAAUGCCCAAAAAUCACUGCCAGAAGUUCUUGCAAACCGCCUGAGGUCGAUAGAACGGCCCGAGGACCUCGAUGUGCCCGCAGCAUUAGCAGACAUGAUCCACCAGCAAAGGACACAGCAAAAUGCCCAGAACAUGUUUGCCCAUCCCUACCAGCAUGAGCUCGAUCACUUUGAGCCUCCAGAGCACCUACUCGUCAAACAGGACCCGCAGAUGUACAAACCUCUGUCUGAGACGAGCUGCCGGCUAAUAGCGACAUUGGAUGAUCUUGUGGAAAUGAAUGAAGUGCUCUCGCGGUGUACGGAGUUUGCUGUUGAUCUGGAGCACCAUUCCUAUCGGAGUUUCUUGGGCCUAACCUGCUUAUUGCAGAUAUCAACAAGAGAAGAGGAUUUCAUCGUUGACACACUGGAGCUUCGCAGUGAACUGUAUAUUCUCAAUGAAGUCUUUACUGAUCCAGCCAUUGUCAAGGUGUUCCACGGAGCAGAUUCCGACAUUGAAUGGCUACAGAGAGACUUUGGGAUCUAUGUGGUCAACAUGUUUGACACACACCAGGCUGCACGCACUCUAAACCUGGCUCGACACUCUCUCGAUCACCUCCUGAGACAUUACUGCAGCGUGGAGGCUGAUAAGCGUUACCAGCUAGCUGACUGGAGAAUGCGACCACUCCCGAAGGAGAUGUUACAUUAUGCACAAGAAGACACCCACUAUUUGCUGUACGUUUAUGACACAAUGAAAAAUCAGCUGUGGGAGCAGGGGAACGAACAGGCCCGCCUCAUUCAUCUUGUCUGGCACAAGAGCAAAGACGUUUGCCUGAAGAAAUACUGCAAGCCAAUAUUCACAGAGGAAUCCUACUUGGAGCUGAACAGAAAACAGAAGAAGCAUCUGAACACUCAACAGAUGACUGCGUUCAGGUUACUGUACUCAUGGAGGGAUAAGAUGGCCCGACAAGAGGACGAGAGCACAGGAUAUGUUCUCCCAAAUCACAUGAUGCUCAAAAUAGCUGAAGAGUUGCCAAAGGAGCCUCAGGGGAUUCUCUCUUGCUGUAACCCGGUGCCUCCCAUGGUCCGACAGCAGAUCAAUGAGCUGCACCAGCAUGUCCAACGUGCACGUGACAUGCCAAUCCUCAAGUCAGAACCUACACAAGCACCACAGAAGAAAAGCCCAUUGCUGAAGCCAGAGAAAAUACAGAACCUGCUGUUCGGACCUCACGAUAGCUCCCAUCUCAUCGAAGAAGAUGCCCCGAUUGCCUCAGGUUCAGUGCCGAUGGUUGAAACGUGCUCUCUGUUUCUGGACUUGGAGGACGAGCGAGUGGACGUGGAACCGGCUUCCUCCCUCAGUGCGAGAGCCACCGUCACUAUUUUUGAGUAUCCAACCGAGGCCCAGGCGGAGGAGGAAAUCCUGACAGUGGCACAGCAGAAAGCUCGGCUGAUUUUAGAAUCAUUUGAGAACCCGUUUAGGAUGUACCUUUCAUCCAAAGACAGUAACAUAUACAUCUCUGAAGCAGCAAAGUUUGACCCUUCCUCCAAGGUGUAUGAAGUUAGCCACAGGUGGAAGCUACAGAGCCCAGAUCCUCAGCAGCAAGAGGCAAAGGAUCAGAAGGAAGAGAAGAAGAAAGAUAACAAACCCAAUCCUGCAGCCGUGAGGCAGCAGGUGCAGCAGGAUUACAAAAGUGCGGUCCAAGACCUGCUGUCAGUCAGACAGCAACAACAAGCUGAGAAGUCAGCUGAUCAGCAAGCAGGCAAGAAGCGAGAGCGAGCGAAGAGCGCAACGGAGAAAGUGAUGGCACCGCCGGAGAAGAGGCCGCCAGCCGCCAUGAGGAGAGACGAGCAGCAAAACCCCAAACCCUUCAUGGCGUUCGACUACAGCAAGUCCGAUUUCAAAGUGUUUGCUGGUGGCAGCAAGACUCCAGGUCCUGCACAUUUUGAUCCCAAUAUGUCAGCGGAUGGACCUCACUCUAAGAAAGGAAAGAAGAACCGGCAAGCAGCUGGGAACCGCAGUAUGUCCUUCACAGUCGGCAAGUCAGACAGGGGUUUCAGAAACAACUGGCCGAGGAGAUGAUUCCUCAAACUUAGGGAACGGGAAGAACUGAAAGAACCGCCAGAUGGUUGCUCAACUGCCAGAAAGAAUUGCCAGAUCGUUGCUCAUACCACAACAGCAUUGUGUCAGUGAUUUGGUUUUAAUUUCUAUUUGUUAAAAGUUUUUACAAUAAACCUUUGGUUUAAAUCUUACUAUUAA